UGUCAAUCCUCUCAUUUUCGCUGUAUCACACACAAGUACAAUACAGACUCAGCAUCUUUGAUUCAAAACGGUUAUAGAUUCGUUUAGCUCCCUCCGUCUCUGACUUAUUGUUGAGCAAUAAUGAAUCGAAUUCGAAACCCUAGCGAAAGCUUCACCCUGUCUUCUUUCUCUCUCUAAAACCAUCUCUCUCUAGAACAGAGCAAUGGAUCCGAACCCUAAAAACUUCCCGAUUCUGUCCUUCGUCUUGUCCAAACUCCCCAGUUUCGGGCCCAGACAACACGCCGAUGCCUCUGAUUUCGACGUCGAACAGCCACCGCCGCUACCGUCUGAUGCUUCGGCUUCGGCCGAACCAUCAUUCGAAUUGACGGAUCAGAUGCCCCGCCUCACCGACCCCAAACUCAUCGCCUCCAUGCGACUGGCCGUCUCAGAAGUCUCCCAGACCCGAUCGGUUCUCAAAACUCUCGGCGAUCGGCCCGACCACGAAUCGAUUGAUAUUGCCAGGGCCAAGCUCAAAGAGAUCGACUCCAAGCUCUCCAAUCAGCUCGAGGAAAUUACGCUGUCUGAUGCCGAUCAGCUCGAGGGCGGGUCGAAUCGGCAGGAGAAGGAGGAGGAGUGGAAACGAGCGGCGAAGGAAGAGAGGCGGAUGUACAAGGCGGUGAUUGAGCUGGACGAAAUGCACGACUCGUACGAGAAGCUGUUGAAGGACGCAGAGGAGAAGUUGGAGAAGAUUUACGAGUCGGCCGUGGCGGGUGGCGAUGAGGCCCCAAAUGAGGCAUCGGGGGAGGAUUUGAAGGCGGAGGAGGAUUUGGUGAAUGAGGAGGUGAUUGGGAUUUUAGAGGAGGCAUUAGGGAAGGGGAUGGAAAGGAUUGAUCUUUCUGGGAGGAACUUACGGUUUCUUCCGGAGGAGUUUGGGAGGAUUCGGGGAUUGGUUGUGCUCAAUCUGUCAUCUAAUCUGCUUAAGGUUGUUCCUGAUUCAAUUGCAGGGCUUGAAAAUCUCGAGGAGCUUAAUCUUUCUUCUAAUCUCUUGGAGUCAUUGCCAGAAUCCAUUGGAUUGUUGGUUAGUUUGAAGGUCCUAGAUGUCUCUGGAAACAAGCUAAAUGCCUUGCCUGAUAGCAUUUGUCAUUGCAGGUCAUUGGUGGAAUUGGAUGCGAGCUUCAAUAGACUGGCAUUCUUACCAACAAACAUUGGUUACGAACUAGUGAAUCUAAGAAGGCUUUCGAUCUCCCUGAACAAGAUCCGUUCUCUUCCUACAUCUAUUGGAGAAAUGAGUUUGCUGCGCCUUCUGGACGUGCACUUCAAUGAGCUCCGUGGCCUUCCUCAUUCAAUUGGGAGAUUGACAAAUCUUGAGAUACUCAAUCUGAGCAGUAAUUUCAGUGACCUUACUGAACUUCCAGACACGAUUACUGAUUUAACCAACCUCAAGGAACUUGAUCUUAGUAACAAUCAGAUUCAUGCUCUUCCCGAUACAUUUAGCCGGCUUGACAAUCUGACCAAGCUCAACUUGGAACAGAACCCUGUUGUAGUUCCGCCAGUUGAAGUUGUGAAAGAAGGGGUUGAAGCUAUCAAGGUCUUUAUGGCUAAUAGGUGGCUAGACAUACUGGCGGAGGAAGAGGAGAAGAGCAUGCAUGAAGGGAAUGAGCAGACACAGACUGGUUGGUUAACUCGCAGCACCUCCUGGUUGAACAAUGUUGUUACGGGUGUUUCUGGGAGUGUUUCAGGAUACUUGGGAGGUUCUCCAAAAUCGUCUGCUGAUCCUUACCUCAAUCAGCAGUUCUGAUUUCAUUUUCCACAAAAUGCAUGGGAUGAGAAGAAAUGGCUGCUCGCCUCAGGUAUUGUACAUGCUCUCAUUCUUCUCUGGAAUGUCCUCCAUUAUUGUCUAGUCUGUCCUUCGCAGCUUUUAGAAGGCGAUGGUUGAACAAUUUUUCCAUGUCCUAGCUAGAAUUCUGGGAAAUGUUUAUAUGUUUUGCUGGAAAAUAAAUAGUGGGAGGACCAUGACAUGCUGUUUUGUUUUGAUAACUUAAUAACACGAAACCGAAGGUUCCUAAUGUCAGAAACAGACCUUCUGGCAGUUUGUUUCUUUUUUGACAUGGAAUAGAGCAUUUCAGGAGAUAUUUUUUGAUAUCUAUGUGCUUACAUUUUGUAAUGAUUUCGGCUAUAGAAUUUUCUUUAAUGUUCACAAUUUAGCCUAAA